GUAAACUACUUCCUUCUUCAUAUGUGGAUAUAUACCGAGAGUGAUUCGUGAGACGUCAGUCGGUGCGCUCUCCUGAAUGCGUGCGUGUAUUUAACUGCAGCUUUGUAUAUCACAUCUAACGUUCAAUCAGGAUGAAAGGUCUGAGCAGCUGUCUGCCCAUGUGUCUGUGUCUUGCUGUCUGUCUGCAGAUUAUCUGCGGGGAAGAUACCCAGCAAGUUGACACGCCUCUGUCCCGACAAAAGAGGUUUGACUUUGACUUUGACAAAAUAUUAAAGGGUUUGAAGACGGCAGGCACCUUCGUAAAGACGGCCACCAACCUUCUUGGCCAAGGGAAUUCAACGUUUGGAAGAUUUAUUAAUAGGCUCCCCUUCUUGGAUCUGCCAGAUGCCAAAAGCAUUUUAGGCCGAUUUGAUGACAUGAUGAAGAAAGAGGCCAUGACGCCAGUUCAGAUGGACCUCGCCCACCAGUUGAUGGACGCCCUUAAUCAUACAAUCUCGCUAAAGGAGCAGUUCGAGGAAAGUAGCGGUCAGAAACAAUUCGAUUUGGUCAGUCUGUUGGCGGGACUAAGGACUGCCGGCACUGUGACAAAGACCAUCACCAACGUCCUCGGCUUCAGAAACUCCGCUUUCGGAAGGUUCGUCAACCAGGUGCCUUUCUUGGACGUACCUGAUGCCAAGAACGUCCUUGAACAUGUGGAGAACAUGAUGAAGACAGAAAAGAUGUCAGAGGUCAAGAUGGACCACGCCCAUCAGCUGAUGGAGGCUCUGGAAUACUCCAUCCAGAUGAAGGAACAACUAGGAGAGGGCAGUGGUUCGUCAACAUUGCUGCAGACAUCGACCUUGAUGAUGCUGCCGGUCAUGUGUGCAGUGAAAUUUACCAUAUAAAUGUGUGGACAAGCAUGUUGCCGGGGACUAAUUGCUCAUGAUCAAAUUCUCUUUGAGUUGCGUCCCCUCAUCUGUGCCAGGAUCGGCUUGUCGAUUCACGGAAGAGCUCCUAUUAUUAUCCUCGCCACCAUAUCUUAUAGUAAUCGUCUCGGUGUCCGCGCUCUGAUAUAAUUGAAAUAAAACUAUUUCUCAAACGUU